CCGUUUGGACUGGAGGCGGGGAGGGCGGGAGCCCCAGUGUGCGCCGUGGGAGACAAGACAGCCAGAGGGGCCGGCGGGCGCUUGGGAGCGUAAAGCGCCCCUGGAGAUCCAGAAAGACUCUCCGUGCCCCGGGACUCCCGAUACUCUCCGUGGCACGGCAAGCUCUCCGGGUUUCUCUCGACCUUGGGGCUGGCUGGCCUCUUGGACCUCUUUUGCUCUGCACCCCGUAGAACCUUCUCCUCAUGGGGGGUCUCCCUGUCUGCCUGCACCUCUGUCCUCAUCUCUCUGUCUCUGGCUUCAUGCCGAGUCUCUGUCUCUAGCUGCCUGUCACUGUGUCCGUGGCUGCAUGUCAUUCCUUUGUUCUGUCUCCUGCCAUUUCUGUGUGGGACUCCUUAAGACUUGGUCUCAGCCCCUCCCCUCCCCUCCCAAGCCUGUGUCUGUGUCCCUUAGGGCCUGUCCAUCUGCAGAAGAGUAAGGACUGGGGCAAUGGCAGUGCCCAGACUGUGGCCAUGGGUGGCAUGUCUGCUUGUGAUCCUCCUGUCCUCAGGAUUUGGCCUGGACACACUAGAGGUGUGCCCCAGCCUGGAUAUCCGCUCAGAGGUGGCAGAGCUGCGGCGACUGGAGAACUGCAGUGUGGUGGAAGGCCACCUGCAGAUCCUGCUCAUGUUCACGGCCACCGGCGAGGACUUCCGUGGCCUCAGCUUCCCACGCCUCACUCAGGUCACCGAGUACCUGCUGCUGUUCCGUGUCUAUGGUCUGGAGAGCCUGCGUGACCUCUUCCCCAACUUAGCAGUCAUACGCGGUGCCCACCUCUUCCUGGGCUACGCGCUCGUCAUCUUUGAGAUGCCACACCUGCGCGACGUGGGGCUGCCAGCACUGGGGGCCGUGCUGCGCGGGGCCGUGCGCGUGGAAAAGAACCAGGAGCUCUGCCACCUCUCCACCAUUGACUGGGGCCUGCUGCAGCCUUCACCUGGCGCCAACCACAUUGUGGGCAACAAGCUGGGCGAGGAGUGUGCUGACGUGUGUCCUGGUGUGCUGGGCGCCACUGGCGAGCCCUGUGCCAGGACCACCUUCAGUGGGCGUACAGAGUACAGAUGCUGGACCUCCAGCCACUGCCAGAGGGUGUGCCCGUGUCCCCAUGGCCUGGCCUGUACAACUGGUGGGGAGUGCUGCCACAAAGAAUGCUUGGGGGGCUGCAGCCAACCAGAUGACCCCCGAGCCUGUGUCGCCUGCCGCCACUUCUACUUCCAGGGCGCCUGCCACCAGGCCUGCCCUCCAGGCACCUACCAGCAUGAGUCCUGGCGCUGUGUCACUGCUGAGCUCUGUGCCAGCCUGCACUCUGUGCCCAGCCAUGUCUCUACCUUUGGCAUCCACCAGGGCAGUUGCCUGGCCCAGUGUCCCCCGGGCUUCACCCGUAAUGGCAGUAGCAUAUUCUGCCACAAGUGUGAGGGGCUGUGCCCCAAAAAGUGCAAAGUUGGCACCAAGACUAUCGACUCCAUCCAGGUGGCACAAGAUCUGGUGGGCUGCACCCACGUGGAGGGGAGCCUCAUCCUCAAUCUUCGCCAGGGCUACAACCUGGAGCAAGAGCUACAGCACAGCCUGGGGCUGGUAGAGACCAUCACUGGCUUCCUCAAAAUCAAGCACUCCUUUGCCCUCGUGUCCCUGAGCUUUUUCAAGAACCUCAAACUAAUCCGGGGAGACUCCAUGGUGGAUGGGAACUACACUCUGUACGUGCUGGACAACCAGAACCUACAGCAGCUGGGGUCCUGGGUGGCUGUGGGGCUCAGGAUUCCCGUGGGCAAGAUCUACUUCGCCUUCAACCCACGCCUCUGCUUGGAACACAUUUACCACUUGGAGCAGGUGACCGGCACUCGCGGACGGCAGAACAAGGCGGAAAUCAACCCCCGCACCAACGGAGACCGCGCCGCCUGUCAGACUCGCACUCUGCGUUUCGUGUCCAAUGUGACCGAGGCCAACCGCAUCUUACUGCGCUGGGAGCGCUACGAGCCGCUGGAGGCCCGAGACCUACUCAGUUUCAUUGUGUACUACAAGGAGUCCCCAUUUCAGAAUGCCACGGAGCACAUAGGUCCAGAUGCCUGUGGGACCCAGAGCUGGAACCUGCUAGAUGUGGAGCUCCCCCUGAGCCGAAACCAGGAGCCAGGGGUGACCCUAGCACCCCUCAAGCCCUGGACACAGUAUGCAGUGUUUGUGCGGGCCAUCACACUGACUACUGCUGAGGAAAGCCCCCACCAAGGAGCCCAGAGCCCCAUCAUCUACCUCCAAACCCUUCCUGCAGCACCCACCAUUCCCCAAGAUGUCAUUUCCACGUCCAAUUCCUCCUCCCACCUGCUGGUGCGCUGGAAGCCACCGACCCAACGCAAUGGGAACAUCACCUACUACCUAGUGCUGUGGCAGCGUCUGGCAGAGGACAGCGACCUCUACCUCAAUGACUACUGCCACCGCGGCCUGCGGCUGCCCACCAGCAACAACGACCCACGCUUCGACAGCGAAGAUGGAGAACUAGAGGCGGAGAUGGAGCCCGGCUGCUGUCCUUGCCAGCAUCCACCUCAGGGGCAGGUCUUGCCACCGCUGGAGGCGCAAGAGGCCUCGUUCCAAAAGAAGUUUGAAAACUUCCUGCACAACGCGAUCACUAUCCCCAAAUCCCCUUGGAAGGUGACGUCCAUCAAUAAGAGCCCUCAAAGGGAUUCUGGGAGGCACCGGCGAGCCGCAGGGACCCUCCGGUUCGUGGGAAACAACUCAGGUUUCGAGAUCCAAGAGGACAAAGUACCCCGGGAGCGAACUGUGUUGAGUGGCUUGCGCCACUUCACGGAAUACCGGAUCGACAUCCAUGCCUGCAACCAUGCGGCGCACACAGUGGGUUGCAGCGCUGCCACCUUCGUCUUUGCACGCACUAUGCCCCACAGAGAGGCUGAUAGUAUCCCAGGGAAGGUGGCCUGGGAGGCAGCUAGCAAGAGCAGUGUCCUCCUGCGCUGGCUUGAGCCAUCUGACCCCAAUGGACUUAUCCUCAAGUAUGAAAUCAAGUACCGCCGCUUGGGAGAGGAGGCCACAGUGCUGUGUGUGUCUCGCCUGCGAUAUGCCAAGUUUGGGGGUGUCCACCUGGCCCUGCUGCCCCCCGGAAACUAUUCUGCCAGAGUUCGGGCAACCUCGCUGGCUGGCAAUGGCUCUUGGACAGAAAGUGUCGCUUUUUACAUCCCUGGCUCAGAGGAGGAAGACUCUGGGGGGCUGCACGUCCUUCUCACUGUCACCCCUGUGGGGGUCAUGCUGCUCAUCAUUCUGGCUGCCCUUGGUUUCUUCUACAGCAGGAAGAGAAGCAGCACUCUCUAUGCCUCUGUGAAUCCGGAGUACUUCAGUGCCUCUGACAGUAGGUCUGGGGGUGGGUGGACAGGUGGUGUGGAAAAGAGACAGGAGGGGAGGAGAGGUAAAUUGCAGGACACCUUUUCGGAGCAGGCAGCCUUGGAACCUGAGCCAUUCAGAGGAGGAGAGAAGUGGGUGGAGGAGUGGCAAACAGUGGUAUCCUUGCUCUGUGAUCCCCACCUCCUCUCAGUGUAUAUCCCUGACGAGUGGGAGGUGCCUCGGGAGCAGAUCUCCAUAAUCCGGGAACUGGGCCAGGGCUCCUUCGGGAUGGUAUAUGAAGGGCUGGCACAAGGACUUGAGGCUGGAGAGGAGACCACGCCUGUGGCCCUGAAGACAGUGAAUGAACUGGCCAGCCCACGAGAACGCAUUGAGUUCCUCAAGGAAGCCUCUGUCAUGAAGGCAUUCAAGUGUCACCAUGUGGUACGUCUCCUGGGUGUGGUGUCUCAGGGCCAGCCAACUCUGGUCAUCAUGGAGUUAAUGACUCGUGGGGACCUCAAGAGCCAUCUUCGAUCUUUGCGGCCAGAGGCAGAGAACAACCCUGGGCUCCCAAGGCCAGGACUGGGAGAUAUGAUCCAGAUGGCCGGUGAGAUUGCAGAUGGCAUGGCCUACCUUGCCGCCAACAAGUUUGUGCAUCGAGACCUGGCAGCCCGAAACUGUAUGGUGUCCCAGGACUUCACCGUCAAGAUUGGGGGUAUGGGGGGCCAGGCAGACUUUGGGAUGACUCGAGACGUGUAUGAGACAGACUAUUACCGCAAGGGCGGGAAGGGGCUGCUGCCUGUGCGCUGGAUGGCCCCCGAGUCCCUCAAAGAUGGAAUCUUUACCACCCACUCGGAUGUCUGGUCCUUUGGCGUGGUGCUCUGGGAGAUCGUGACCCUGGCUGAACAACCCUACCAGGGUCUAUCCAAUGAGCAGGUGCUCAAGUUUGUCAUGGAUGGUGGGGUCCUGGAGGAGCUAGAGAGCUGUCCCCUUCAGCUGCAGGAGCUGAUGAGCCGCUGUUGGCAGCAGAACCCGCGCUUGCGACCGACCUUCACCCACAUCCUGGACAGCGUACGGGAGGAGCUGCGGCCUUCCUUCCGCCUCCUUUCCUUCUAUUACAGCCCAGAGUGCCAGGGCACCCAGGCUUCCCCCCUGCCCACUGAUGCAGAGCCCAACUCCCCACCAACCCCAGAAGGGGCUUCCUCAGGCUGCAGCCCCCAAAAUGGGGGUCCAGGGCACUGAGGGGGCACCCCAUUCCCUCGCUGAUUGGCCUUCUAGGGGCAGAGAAGAAGGGACCUUUGCAACUGUGAGAUGUGCAGACUUUCAUACCCCUUAAGCAUGGGGUGGCCAUGAGCGAGGCAGAGCAGUGGCAGGGAAGAUUGGGGGGAGAGCAGACUCACUAUAAGAUUUUCUCAGGAGCCUCAGUUCUCCUUGAGAAAGUAAACAAGGUUCCAGUGGGAGUGGUGGUUAGGCCGUGGACUAGACGUUCCGGCCCUCAAAGAGCCCCUGCUCAGACUAAGAACAGACGGCCUAUGUAUCCAGAGGUAGUGUCUGCAGAACCCGUCCCUCAGCACCCAGGUCUCUUGUGGACCCCUGGGGCCAUCAACACACUUGAAACCAGAUAAGCAACCAGAACAGGACUGGAACCUUCUCUGUCCGUGUCUGGGCUGCUGUGAAUGGGUGUCCAUGUGACUGUCCUCACCACUGCGUGUCACCUCCUACCUUCUGCCUCAGAAGCCAGGUGGAAUGGGAGCACCCAUGGCCCUCAGUGAGCAGGUUCCCAGCCUGGCUCUGUAGGCUUGUCCUCACUUCCUCCUCUCCUUUGCCAUCCCAGGGAUUUCCAAGUUUGGUGCUCCUCCCUCCUCUUCCCCCAGAGUAUCUCUUGGAGUGAAUCACCUCACCCCUCCCACUCUCAUCCCCUCAAUCUCCUCAUACCCUUGGAUUUUUAAGGCUUUAAAAGGCUGGUUUCACUCUGGCUGGUGUGGCUUAGUGGGUUGAGUGUCAACAUGUGAACCAAAAGGUCACCAGUUUGAUUCUCAGUCAGGGCACAUGCGUGGGUUAAGGGCCAGGCGCCCAACUGGGGACAUGUGAGA